AUGGCGAUAUCCGAUGCGACCCUGAAGAGAAUGAUCGCCGAAUAUGGCGGGUUCGAGUUGUCUGACGCUGAGCUGGAAUUGGUCCGGCCGGAACUGGAAAGCUACCUGACCGAACUACAGAAUCUGCGUGACCUGGACCUGUCUUCGGUAGCCUCCGCGCGCUUGCUCAGAGCGGGGGAAGGGAGUAAUGAAGAUGCCUAACUCCGAACUGCUCAAGCUGACCAUUUCCGAAAUCGCACCCAUGAUCCAGGCGCGGGAGGUAUCUCCCGUGGACUUGACCGAGGCAGCGCUGGCCGAAGCGGAACGCCGACAGCCCACGCUGAACUCCUUCAUACCAUCCUGCACGAGCAGGCGAUGGCCCAGGCCGAACAGGCGGAAGAAGCCCUGUCGCGCGGGGAAUAUCUCGGCCCGCUGCACGGAAUCCCCAUUGGCAUCAAGGACAACAUCGCCACCGGGGGGAUAACCACCACCGUUGGCAGCAAGGUCC